CUGCACCGCGACGUCCCCUCUCUCUUUCCUGUCCUGUCUCAACAUGGCGCCGAUUACCGGUAAACACAAGAAGCUGGGUGCAGUUAAAAAGUCUAAAAAGGCAGCUGCCUGGAAGUUCACCCUGGACCUGACCCACCCUGUGGAGGACGGGAUCCUGGACUCUGCAAGCUUUGAAACCUUCCUCAAGGAGAGGAUUAAGGUGAACGGGAAGACAGGGAACCUGGGGAACAUAGUCCAGGUUGGCCGCAUGAAGAACAAGAUCAACGUCACGUCAGAGAAACAGUUCUCUAAAAGGUAUCUGAAGUACCUGACAAAGAAGUACCUGAAGAAGAACAACCUGCGGGACUGGCUGCGGGUGGUGGCGUGCGACAAGGAGACGUACGAGCUGCGGUACUUCCAGAUCAGUCAGGACGACGAGGAGUCCGAGGCAGACGAGUAAAAAGCUGCUCGAGAAUAAAUGUGGAAAACAUUCA